GCGGUCGGUGCGCUCGGCUGGGGCCGCCGCGAAGGAACAGAACCGGAGAAGGAGACGCGCGGGGAGGCAGCGCCCGGGGCGGCGGGCAGCGGGGGGAGGCUGCGCGCGGGUCCCCGGCCAGGCGGAGGCGCGGGCACCGGGCCAGGCGGAGCCGAGACAGCCAUGGGGGAGGCGCCCAGCCCCGCGCCCGCGCUCUGGGACUGGGACUACCUGGACCACUGCUUCGCCCGCCACCGUGUCUGCAUCUCCUUCGGCCUGUGGAUCUGCGCCUUUUCCUGCUGGAUCGCCGUCCACGCGCUGCUUCUCUAUCUGAGGUGUGGGAAGAAAUCCGGACGGGACCAGUCGGCGCUGUGUGCUGCCUGCUGCCUCCUGACCAGCCUGUGUGACACCAUCGGGGCGAUUCUGGCCAAACAGCUCACCAUCCAGGUCUUCACUGGUGUCUACCUAGCAGCUGUUGACCUGGUGAGCUUUGUGUCCAUUCUCUUCCCAGUCUGCAGCUCCAAAGUCAAGUCCAGUUCAGGUCGGGGCUCCCGGGAGAGAAAGAGGAGGCGGCAGCUCAGGGCCAGCAUAUUUGCCCUGGUCCUGCCGCUGAGCCUGGGUCCAGGCUGGGCUCUGUGGGCCGCUGUCCCGAAGGCUUCAGGCCCCAUCCGAGGGCCGCAGCGGAGGCUGCUGGGAAGCCUAGUACAGGACAAUACUGAAAUCCUUGGCUUCCUGCUGGGCGGCAUCGCAGCCUUGGGCGCCUGGGCUUCCCGGAUCCCCCCACUCUCCAGAAUCUGCUGGGGUAGGACAUUUCCCUCCAUCUACCUGUGGACCCGGCUCCUGUCGGCCCUGGCUGGCCUCCUCUACGCCUCAGCCAUCGUGGCCCAUGACCGGCGGCCUGAAUACCUGCUACGGGCCACACCCUGGUUCCUGACCUCCCUCGGCCGUGCAGCGCUGGACCUCACCAUCAUUUUCCUUUCCUGGGUGAUGAAGAGCAAGCUGAGACAUGCUUUGGGAUUUGCCUCUGAAGCCAGAGAGAAUGCCGACACCCAAGCCCUUUUGACCUGUGCAGAGAAGGAGGAAGAAAACCAGGAGGCAAGGACCGAGAAUGCGGACUGGGUGCCUCUCACCACGCUUCCUUACUGCAAGCCCCUCAAGAGGAUGGCAGCUGUCAGCCGCUACCUGGAGCUGACCAUCGAGCCCGUGCAGCAGGCGAGCUGCAGUGCCACCAGGCUGCCUGGAGAUGGACAGACAAGCACGGGAGCCACGUCCCUGCAGGAGCCCCCCUCGUACCCUCCGGUUCAGGUCAUCCGGGCAUGCGUGUCCUCCAGUAGCUCCUCCCAGGUCUCCUCCAUCAACUCCGACCUCGAGCAGAACUAUUGGGAAGCCCUAAACUCGGAGCAGUGGGAUCCUGAAGACGUAAACCUUGGAGGGAACAAAGACAACAUGGAGAUAUUCAGACCCCGGGUGCACAGGUGGUCUAUGAAGCCAGUGGACUUGACCUCUGAUAAGUAACACUUUCUGGAGCCAGCUCAGCAGCUCAGAACCCAAGGUCAAGGUUUGGUCAGGAACUGAGCAGGGAUCAACCUGCAGAGACAGCCAUGGCAGGAAUUUAAGCUUCUGCCAAGGCCACCCAUGAAAGUGAGGAACCAGGAGCUGUCACGGAGCUUGGCUGGUCUGCACCAUGGCUCAGAAUGGAGCUAAGACCUUGGGCCCUGUGGACAGACCUGGACACACCCAGAGUUUGUUCUGAAAAUUCAAAGUUCACAAACCAAUCUCGCUUUGAAAUAUAAUCUAAAAUAGUUUGGUCUCUCUUUUCCCUUUCCCUUUGGAUUCAACCCUACUCUGAAUAUCUGCUACCAACGAGCUCAUCUAACAAACAGCUAAUAUGUUUGGAUCUUAGUAAAGCCCCACUCUGUAAGACCUGGCUAAGCCUAGAGAGGGGUGGGCCCGCGUUUGGGGGGUUUGGGACACAGUCACAGGUUCUGAUGGGACCUGGCUCCUGCCCUCCAGUCACCCACUUGAGUUUUCUGCUGGAAGUUGAGAGAGGACUGUUUGAUCAACCAAGUGUUUGCAAGGUCACUGGUAUUGCAAGGGUGAGCAAAGCAAAGUGCUCUAGGUACCAGGACUUGCUGCAGCCUGGCCCAGUGUGUGCUGGGCUAGGGUCUGCAGGUGCAGGGAACUGUCUGCUUCAGGAGGUAACGGAAAGCAUGCAAAGGGUAAGAGGCACGGUGGGAGGGGCUCGAAAUCCCCUCUCAGGAUUAUUUUGGAGCUACGGUGGGAGGAACGCUAGAAUGAAUAAAUCCUGAUCGAGUGCACUGAAGCAUCUCACCAUGGAGCACAGAGAUACGUCUGAAUCCCAGCACAGCCACAGAAGUUGGCCACCAGGGGACCUGGGAGAAAUGCCAAGAAACACAGCUCUGCUUCUGGCUGGCCCCUGGCAGCCUGUGUGACUCAGCUGCAGCUGUCCAGUUGCUCCUGAGGGGUAGUGCAAGUCCCAGCAGCAUGAAAGAGGGGGUGCCUCAGGGAAGCAGGUUGUUCCACAGGUCUCUGCACAGAUUCCAAUCCCCUGCAUGAUCUCUGAACUAGAAGUGAACCUAAAGCCACCCUAUUUAUCCAACUGCUUUGGACCCUGGUUGUCUUUUAAUGGAGUUUGCUAAAGUCAAUUUUGCUUUGUGAUCUUAAUCACUGAAGCUAUACUUUGAGGGAAGAUGAAACUUUUAACUGGGGACAAGGGGAGGUUGGGAGAACAAUCCAGCAGAUGAAACCACACAGAGGAUUGGAAGCAGGGAAGGGGGGAAUCUAGCUAAGGAAAGAGGACUCUGAUGUGGCCAGAAUGGAUGUAGGGGGUGGGUGAAGAGGCUGGAAAGGACCCUGGGAGUUGGUGCUUAAUUCUGUGGCUGGCUGGUAGCUAUUGCAAGAUACAGAGAGGAAGCUGACUGACAUGCCUCAGGUGGGCCACAGCUGAUUGGUGAGUUUUACAUCCCUGCAGCCACAACUUUUCAAGAAGCAGAAAUGUACAGUCAUGGUUACAGCACCAACUUGGGGAACGUGUUUAAUUUGAUUAGUAACAGCAGGGCAGGAGGAGGGCUCAUCUUUGGAAAGGCAGAAGGCCUGGGGACAGGAUGACAUCCCUGGAGUUUGUCUUUAACACAUCGCCCCUCCCAACGGGAGGCUGGCUCAUUGUCCCUGGGGCACCAGAAAUUGGUUGGAUCCUAAUGGAAAUGGCCAUUCACUGAAGGAUAUCAAAUGAUCUUGCUGACUUUGCGCAGCACAAACUACUUGAGCUCCAGAUGUUAACCAUCUCCCUAGAUCCCAUCGUCCCUGCCUCUUCCUUCACAAACCAGUUAUCGUUGUCCAAGCUGGUCUCAAAAUGGAAUCCCAGAGCGAACCUUUACACUGACAAUUUUGGCAGCAAAGUUUGGCCUCAUUGUUCAAUGAGAAUCUGCCUGUUAUGCAACGCUCUGGAGCCUUUGGGAAGAGAUGCCAACCCAAAUGCCUUCCUCCUAGCAGGAGCGUUCCCACCCUGGGCCUCCGCUGCAGCUUCAUGCCCUAGCCGUUAGUCAGACCAGGAGGAUAACGGGAGUUACUUGCCCUGAAGACCCACUGAGCAGUGCAAGGGGGUUACCUACACUAGGGAGAAGCUAGGGAACCAACUGUGUAAUCAUCCUCUCCUGCCCACUCAUCUGGAGGUGAGAGAUGGUAUAAUAGUUGUAGUUGUACUGCCUAUUAUCUGCAUGGCUUGGAACUUGUUACCUAACCUUUGUGAACUCCUGGGGUAGACUGAGAAUAAUACCUAUCUAGAAAGCUUGUUGUGAAGAUUAAAUAACGUAUAUGAAAUGCAUAACACUACGUGACUCAAAGUAGACAUUGAAGAGGGAUUAGUUUCCUUCCUCCCUAUAAUUCCUGGCCACAUAUGACCUGCAAGCCAGUUGGUAACCAAAGAAUCAGACCCACAGAUGGAAGGGACU